UCGUCUCCGUUUUGAUCAGUGUCGUUGUCGUCAGUUGUCGUCAGUUGUCGUUGCAUUGUCGUUGUUCAUCGUUAAGCAGUUGAAAGGUGUUGAAAGGCACACGUGAUGGAAUUAAACAGGGCAUAAAUAGAUAGAAUCCAGGACCUCGUUCAUUUAUUAACGGUAAUUAACAAGUCCUAAUUCUAAUAUCAUCGAUCAACUUGUGACAACGAUCACCGAUAUUAAUGUCUGUCUCGUGAACUCUCCAGUCGAAUCAAAAUGGUAGCCGGUCCUACGGAGCACGGCAUACAAGCCGACGUGAUAUUUGUAAUUGAAGGAACCGCUGUCAAUGGAGCCUAUCUUAACGACCUGAAAACCAAUUACCUUAUACCUACACUGGAGUACUUUAGUCAAGGUGGUAUAGAAGACAGGGAAUACGUCUCUGAGCAAAACAGUACGACACUCUAUGGGAUAGUAAUAUAUCAUGCUGCCGAUUGUUUGCCAGCACCGUGCACAGAGACUUUCGGUCCAUACGCGAAUCCUCACAAGUUGCUACUUGUUCUGGACAAACUGGAAAUGGUCGGAGGAAAGGGAGAAUGUUUCGCGAACAUCGGCGAAGGACUUGCGACCGGUUUACAAUGUUUCGAGGAUCUACAACUACGACGCGAACCGAACACGGCGUCGCAGAAGCAUUGCAUUCUGAUCUGCAAUUCUCCUCCUUAUCAAACGGUGAUACAAGAAUCGUACAAAUUCGCUGGCCACACCAUAGAACAAUUGGCUACGCUCUAUCAGGAGAGGAACAUCAAUCUUUCUAUACUGUCGCCUAGAAAGAUACCAGCUUUGUUUAAAUUGUUUGAGAAAGCCGGUGGGGACUUGCAGUCGUCCCAAACGAAGAACUAUGCUAAAGAUCCGCGGCACUUGGUACUGUUGCGUAAUUAUAAUUUGAAAGAGAGGCCCGUUAGUCCUACGGUCGGUGGAGCUGUUCAUUCCACUGCCGCCGGCGCUGCGUUAAUUCCGCUCAGCCCGUUGCAGAGCAACGAUAGCCCGAAUACGAAUCAGGUUCAGCAGAGCAUCGCUCAACCGACUCAGCCUCAAGGUGCUCCGUACAGAAAUCCGACCCCUCAGAACAUCGCUUCAGUUCAUCAAACGGUAGUGCCGAUAGGACCUGCUAUGAACACCGCGCGACCUCCGUACAAUCCGCAGAUAUCCGCCCCUCCGACUUAUCACCCGACACCGGCAAGAGCUACUCAUACAAGGUGGAGACCUUUCGUCCCAUCGGGAACCACAGCUCCAACAAACACGCAACAGAGCAGUGCUUUGAUAGCGCAAUUGAAUCAGCCGCCACCUUCGAUGGCGCUCAAUGUUACCGCGUUUGGACAAAGGAUGGACGUGGGUAACGCCAACGUCAUGGCCGCAAAUACGCAGCAGCAACAGACGCAGCAGCAGCAGCAACAGCAACAGCAACAGCAGCAGACGCAACAACAGCAGCAGCAGCAGCAUCAGCUGAGGAACUUGACGAUGCAAUUGCAGCAGCAACAAAACGUCCAACAGAACGUUCAACCUUCCAUGCCUAUAACCGCGCAGCAGACGCAUGGCCAGGCUGCGGGACCGCAGCUUACAGUUUCGUGCGUCAGCCAAGCGGUGCCUACUCAGGUGCCGCAAACGGUCACCGCGUCUCAGACACAGGCACCCGUGUCAUCGGUCACUCAACAGCAGCAAAUAACGCAUUCCCAAACGCAGGGUAAUGUAACUGGUCCUGCGGUGGGGCCCGGGCCGCAAAUCAGCACGCCGCGUGAAAGACAGACUAUAUGGCAAGGUAUCAUCGAAUGGGUAGACAAAGCUAAAACGACUGCGGACGCGCAGAAGCAAACUAGACAUCUCCCUUGUCAAGUUUCCGCAAACUCGAAGGACGGAGAACCAGAAUUGAAAGCCGACACGUGGCCACAGAAGUUGAUCAUGCAGCUGAUGCCUAAACAAUUGAUAGGAAACAUCGGCGGGUCCUAUUUGAAAAACUCCAAGUCCGUUCUGUUUCAUCCGACGCCCUGCGAAGCUCUGGAGUCGUUGACGAAAGUGAUGAACUCGGGAUUUGCCGGUUGUGUUCACUUCACUUUCAUGCAAGGGACAACGGCUUGCGAUAUAAAAGUACUUAUCCUACUUUAUACGGCUGAGAGAAGGACCUAUCUCGGAUUCAUACCAAACGAUCAGACAGGCUUUGUGGAUCGUCUUCGGAAAGUCAUUCAACAACAAAAAACAUCGCACGCUUCCAUUAGACAAGGACAGGCCGGAGCCGCUCAAGGGAACACGAUCACUGGACCCAUGCCGACUACAGGCACUCCGCAGGGCGGUAUUCUGAUUUCGCAAACGAACACUAUAGCCAUGGGAGGAGGCCAAAUAACUCAGAACGUAGUCUCGAAUGCACCGCAGCAGACGUUGAGCUCGUCCGCCGGGCCACAAAAUCAGAUAACGAUGCAGAGUGGUAUUACUGGCGGUCCGCAAGUGGCUCCGGCUUCUACGAUGAUCGGCCAGCAACGACCACCGUUCGCGGAUGACAUAGAAAUGGCUAGACACCAAAAUUUAUUAAAGAUCCAACAGCUACGGCAAACGUUAGAAGCCGCCCAGCAACAGGAGGCGCAAUAUAAAUCGUUGGAAGUGAAUAUUCAACAGAAUCUAGAAGUAGCACAGCAACAGGAAAUGCAAUAUAAACAACAGUUGGAGGCUCAACAGGCCCAAAGAGUGCUCAAUCCUGCUGGUAUGGCAAACCAACAGGCGAACGCGCCGAGAGUGAUGCGGCCCAUUCCCAACAUCGGUCUCAGACAUCUGCUGCAGCAACCGCAGCCUACGUACAGACAAGUGCUUGGAAUUCAACAGCAAAUGGUUCCCAGGGGUCAGAUGACCACUAGGCCCAUGGCUCCGGGCAAUCCUCAAAAUCAGCAAUUCGAGGACGUUUCCAAUUACGAUUUCCUCGGAUAGAUGAUUUUCAGAGUUAUUGUUUUGUAAAUAUUUUAAUCUCGAAUAAAUCGUAAGGUUUUCUAGUUUUAUUAUAAUUACGGAUAA